AUGACAAGCGUUCCUGGACCCACAGAACGCGGUGCUUUCGGUUUGGUAUCCAGACUGUGGGGCUCGCUGCUUGGGGGGUUUCAGCCUCUCUCCGGAAAGAGAAAGAAGGUGCUAGUGGGCUUUUUCCAGUGUUGCGUUCAGAUCCCUGAGAACUUCGGAGCCGUCCCGGCCACACCGCUGCCUGGACGGCGGAAAGAAGUUGCCGGCUCGGGCCAGUGUCUGGUGCGCUUCCUCUGCACUGUGAAGAUGUCGGAAACGCUCUUAUCGCCCGACGGGCUUCCUUCAGAUCAGACCCCAGCUUCUCCCAGUCUCUCUCCCCAGGACUCCCUGAUGGAUGAAAAUACAGAACCUGGACUGAUCCCACCGUCACCCGAGGGGGAUAAUCCGCCCCCAACGUCGCCAGAUCGCGUCGUUGGCCCAAGUGUGUCUCAGGGGCUGGGGGAGAGGGGUCCAAUUUCUCCCUCCGUUCCCAUAGAAGCAGAAUCUGAUACUGCUAGGGAGUCGAGUCCUCGAGUCGAGGAGCAAGAACUUUCUGAAAUUGCAAGCCAACCUGCAGAAGAAACGAACGGGCCAGAGUUGGGGGUUGGGGAGGCUGUGGAAAAUAUGUCUGAGGAGCCUGCCCCAGAGAGUGAGGGAGACAACCUUUGGAGCUACAGCUUCUCCCAGCUACCUCGAUUUCUUAGUGGUUCCUGGUCCGAAUUUAGUGCUCAACCUGAGAACUUCUUGAAAGGCUGUAAGUGGGCUCCUGAUGGUUCCUGCAUCUUGACAAAUAGUGCUGAUAACACCCUGCGGAUUUAUAACCUGCCCCCAGAGCUGUACAGUGACGGGGAGCAAGUGGAAUGCACAGAAAUGGUCCCUGUCCUUCGAAUGGUGGAGGGUGAUACCAUCUACGAUUACUGCUGGUAUUCUCUGAUGUCCUCAGCCCAGCCGGAUACCUCCUACGUGGCCAGCAGCAGCCGGGAGAACCCGAUUCACAUCUGGGAUGCAUUCACUGGCGAGCUCCGAGCUUCCUUUCGUGCCUACAAUCACCUGGAUGAGCUGACAGCAGCCCAUUCCCUCUGCUUCUCCCCGGAUGGCUCCCAGCUCUUUUGCGGCUUCAACCGGACCGUGCGUGUCUUUUCCACAUCCCGACCUGGCCGAGACUGUGAGGUGCGAGCCACCUUUGCGAAAAAGCAGGGCCAGAGUGGCAUCAUCUCCUGCAUAGCCUUCAGCCCUACCCAGCCCCUCUAUGCCUGUGGCUCCUAUGGCCGCUCCCUGGGCCUGUAUGCCUGGGAUGAUGGCUCCCCUCUGGCCUUGCUGGGUGGGCACCGAGGGGGCAUUACCCACCUGUGCUUUCAUCCUGAUGGCAACCGCUUCUUCUCAGGAGCCCGAAAGGAUGCUGAACUUCUGUGCUGGGAUCUCCGGCAGCCUGGUCACCCGCUCUGGUCCCUGAGUCGUGAGGUGACCACUAAUCAGCGCAUCUACUUUGAUUUGGACCCGACUGGGCAGUUCCUGGUGAGUGGUAGCACCAGUGGGGCUGUCUCUGUGUGGGACAUCAGUGGGGCUGUUGAUGCCAGUGGGAAGCCAGAGCCCAUGCUGAGUUUUCUGCCCCAGAAGGACUGCACCAAUGGGGUGAGCCUGCAUCCUAGUCUGCCUCUGCUGGCCACUGCCUCUGGUCAGCGUGUGUUUCCAGAGCCCACUGAAAGUGGAGAUGAAGGGGAGCAGGUGCUGGAUCUUCCGCUACUCUCCUUGCGCCACGUCCACCUCGAGUGUCGGCUCCAGCUCUGGUGGUGUAUGGGGGAUCCAGAUCCCAGUGACCCUGGUGACCACCAGGAUGAGACCAGACUAGAAGGGACAGAGGGAGGUGGGGAUGAACUUACAUAAAAAGGUUUUCUAUG